CGUCAUUUUACGCGCCUGGGUGACGUCAGCUCCUGCGCCGCUAUGUUUUGAAAAGCCGGUGGAGCUUCAACUACUUCGUUAUGACCUGGUUUUAUCCAGGCUUUUAAAACAUUUCGGUUACAAAAAGAAAUGUAAACAUGCCAAAGUCUGUGAAAAAGCCCUGCACUACUCAGACCUCCAUUAGCAGGUACUUUGGAGGACUGAGCAGCAGCAGCAGUAGACCUCAGUGUGGGAUUAAACCAAAUCCUGCAGAGCAUCGGCUCUCAAGAGGAAAGUUGAAACUUUCCUCUGGUGAUGAAGAUGGGUUGCCAUCAAAACGAACCAAACUGGCUGUGAAGGACCAACAGAUGGGAGACGUGCAGUGUGAGCCUGGACCUUCUCUGAGUGUUAAAGAGGCAAAGCCAACAUUGAGCCAAGGAGGAGGAAGAGGAGGAGGAGGUCUGUGCUCCUCCACUUUGGAGAAGCUGAAAGGUUUCUCCUGCUUGAUGGCUGAUCCGUUUCUACGGGCCAUCAAGGAUGAAACAAAGAUGGAUGACCGCAGUAGCAAAAGCUCUAAUUCGAGGAGUUCUGUUUCGCCUAGUUUUGGGGAUUCUCAUCAGCAAAUCAGCAACACACUGCCUAGGACAGAGAAGGAGCGAGAUUAUGAAACGCAGAAUCAUGAAGAAGAAGAGGAUCCAGAGCUGGCUGUCACUAAUCAGGGAUUUUGCUUGUCUAAGAUCACAAAGUCAGGAGGAAUGGAGGGAGGCAAGGCUGCAGAGUCUCCAUCAGACUCCAGCGCCCCCUGCAGACGCUCCAGAAGCACAUACACCCCCCUGGAGCAGCAGGUCAUGGAGCUGAAACAGCAGCAUAGGGACGUGCUGUUGGCAGUGGAGUGUGGCUACAAAUACAGGUUCUUUGGAGAAGAUGCAGAGAUUGCUGCAAAAGAACUGAAUAUAACUUGUCACCUGGAUCACAACUUCAUGACGUGCAGCAUCCCGACUCACCGCUUGUUUGUUCACGUCAGGCGCCUGGUGUCUCAUGGACACAAGGUCGGCGUUGUGAAACAGACAGAAACGUCUGCGCUGAAGGCGUCAGGGACCAACAGAAACGCUCUGUUCAGCCGUCAGCUCAGCGCCUUGUACACCAAGUCCACUCUGGUGGGAGAGGACGUAAACCCAGUCUGCAGAGUGGCAGAUGUGGAGGAGGGGGGCUGUGCUGACGUGGUGUCGGACCCUCCUGACAGCUUCCUGCUGUGCAUCAGUGAGAACUGGGACAAAGUGAAGAAGCAGCUCUCCGUGGGGGUGGUGGCCGUCCAGCCCAGCACUGGAGACGUGUUCCUGGACUGUUUCCCUGACGGUCCGUCCCGCUCCGAGCUGGAGAGCCGUAUCCUGAGGAUAAACCCAGUGGAGGUUCUGGUGCCUUCGGACCUUUCAGAUCAAACCUCCAAACUGCUGCUCAGUAUCGCUAAUGCCAGUGCUCAGACUGAUGACCGAAUCAGAGUUGAGAGGAGGGACAGCGCUGAAUUUGAGUUCACCUCUGCAAUGAACACAGUCGUCAAGUUCUACUGUCACACCCCGGAGAAAGACUCGCGCUCUCUGUCGAGUGUGGCCUCCUUCGACAGCCCGGUCAUCUGCUGCCUGGGGCCGCUCAUCCAGUACCUCCAAGAAUUCAAUCUGGAGAGGGUUCUUGGAAACGAAAGCUCGUUUCGGCAUCUGUCCAGUGAAUCAGGGGGGAUGAAGCUGAGUGCUGCCACUCUCAGGAACCUGGAAAUCCUCAGUAAUCAGACAGAUGGGAGCGUGAGGGGAAGUCUGUUGUGGGUGUUGGACCACGUUCGCACUCCGUUUGGACGGAGACUGCUGAGGAAGUGGGUCAGCCAGCCGCUCACAGAGCCGCAGCGUAUAGCAGAAAGACAGGAUGCUGUGCAGGAAAUGAUGGAGUCAGACUCGAUAACUCUGAACCCCAUCAGAGCUCUGCUGUCACAUUUGCCUGAUCUGGAGAGAGGCAUCUGCAGCAUAUAUCAUGGAAAGUCUUCCACGCAGGAGUUUUUCCUCAUCUGCAGCAGUCUUUCUCGCCUUGGGCUGGAACUGCAGGCUCUUCUCCCAGCUGUCCAGGCGCAGAUCCGCUCCUCGUUGCUCCGGAGCCUCUUAUUGGACACUCCUGACCUGCUGGCUCCGGCCCAUGGGUUCCUCAAGGUGCUCAAUGAGAAAGCAGCAAAGUCGGGGAAUAAGACGGAGCUCUUUUCAGAUCUGUCUGGCUUCCCGACGCUGCAGGAAAGGAUGAGCCAAAUCCAGUCUGUCCUCGCUGAAAUUCAAGCCCACCGCAAAGAGGUCCGGUUGGUGCUGAAGGCCCCCGCGCUCGAUUACGUCACUGUUUCUGGACAGGAGUUUCUGAUUGAGGUGAAGAACUUGUUGUCAGCAAUCGUUCCACCUGACUGGGUCAAAAUCAGCAGCACGAAGACUGUCAGCAGGUAUCACUCUCCUCUCCUGGUUGAACGCUACAAGAAGCUGCAGCAGCUCCGAGAGCAGCUGCUGCUGGACUGCCAGAGGGAGUGGACCCGAUUUCUGGAUCAGUUUGGGGAGCACUACCACACCAUGAAAAGAGCUAUUAGUCACCUAGCAACCACGGACUGCCUCCUUUCAUUGGCUGAGGUGGCCAAAGAAGGGAAUUAUUGCAGGCCAAAGGUGUGUGAAAAUAAUCACCAGAUAAUGAUCACUGAUGGCAGACAUCCUGCGAUAGAUUUAUUGAUGGGAGAGCACAGCCAGUAUGUUCCCAACCACACCAUAUUACAGCGUGACGGCAAGAGGACUAUGAUAAUCACAGGGCCCAAUAUGGGGGGCAAGAGCUCCUACAUCCGCCAGGUCGCCCUUAUCUGCGUUAUGGCCCAGAUAGGCUCGUACGUCCCGGCGCGUGAGGCCUGUCUGGGCGUACUGGACGGUAUUUACACCAGAAUGGGGGCUUCGGACAACAUCUUCAAAGGCCGCAGCACGUUCAUGGAGGAGUUGACGGAGGCCUCAGAGAUCAUAUCUCAAGCAACAGAACGAUCGUUGGUCAUCCUCGAUGAACUCGGACGGGGCACAAGCACUCAUGACGGCAUUGCCAUUGCCUACGCUACCUUGGAAUACUUCAUCAGAGAUGUGAAGUCCUUCACCUUGUUUGUGACCCAUUAUCCUCCUCUGUGUGAGUUGGAGCAGGUGUUUCCUCAGCAUGUGUCCAACUUUCACAUGGCUUUCUUACUCAAUGAACCUGACGUCACAACUGAUGAUGGAGAGGUUCAGCCAGAGUUCAUCACCUUCCUCUAUCAGCUAACCGAAGGAGCUGCGGGGCGAAGCUACGGCCUGAACGUGGCCCGACUAGCUGACGUUCCUGACCCGAUACUGCACACCGCCUCCCGUAAAGCCCGAGAGCUGGAGAGUCUGGUCAACGCCAGGAGGAAGUACAAGAAACUUCUCUCAGUUCUUUGGAGCAUCUGCGACAAAUCCUCCCUCGAAAAGUGGCUGCAGUCGAACUCUUGACGUCUCAACAGCUACAACCGUCGACCUGAAAGCACUUCCAAGAAAUAAAUCAUGCCAUUGAUGACUGAACAUUUUUAAUGCACACAAAAGAGUUUUUUCUUCUCUCUGAAGGAGCUUGUUGAUUAUGCAGUUUUAAGCCCCUCAGGUUCUGGUAGCUGUCAUCACAAUAGUUGAUACCAAAGGAUCACAUUUUACCUACAGCUGUGUGGUGUCCAUGUGUUCGACGAUCAAAUAAAGAAAAAUGCCAGACCCGUUUUAUUUUAUGACCUUUUAAACUGGAGUUCUUUUGGUCAAUAUUGAAAUCAUAAUCAUUAUAUUAGAUUCAUUGCUGAGACUUUGGAAACCCAUUAUUCUUUAAAAAAAAAAACGGAGUGUGCAAGUAAAGUGGAAUACAUUUAAAUAAUCCUAAUAUUCUGAUUUAAGUUUUAUUUCUUUGUUAGUGUUUUUGUUUCGAGCUAAAUUGAAACAAAAUGCGUUUAUUGGAGGGCUUCACUUAUUGUUGAACGGUUCUGGACUCGUGUAGCAUUUUAUUAACAACUCGAUUUUAUUUUGUACAUAGUUAAGUGGUUUUUUAUUGCAUGCACACUAAUUGCAUGGACUCCAUAAAACGAUAGUACAACUAAGAACACAAUUUUGCUUUCAGCAGUUUGCUUUUAUGAUGAUAGUGUUUAAUGAUAAUACCCCCUUCAUCUCAGCCAUAAUGGACUAAACACCCAGCUCAUGAACGAUCACUUCAGUUAGGCAUUGACAGUAGUUUUAAAAUUAUAUUUUAUAUACUUCUUACAUACGAUCUGACUGAAGAACAUUUUCUGGGUUUAUGUAAAGCUGAUGUGUCAUUAGUUGGAAGCAAAUGUAAUGCAUGAUUAAAAUGAAACUAAAAUUACAUAAUGAAUUCCAAACAUCAUGCAACAUUAUUGGAAAUGCUCCACCAUUAAGGCAUAAACUCUGUUUCCCCUCCUUUUUUCCUUCCAAAGGAAAAUGAAUCAAAAGUACCUGAAGCAUGAAAUGUGAAACUUCAACUCUAGUUUGACUAGUUUGCAACAAUCCACAGUAUAUGAGAUCUCAAAGCACUUUAAAAAACAAGUCCAGCUCAGUUCAAAUGCUUCUGAAUGCAGUUCAGGUCAGACCAGUCACAUAGUCUGUUUCAUAUUUAGUUAUAUCCAAGAUGUUGAAUGCUUUUGGUAUUACUUCAUAAUGUAACCCUGUGAUAAAUGCCCCAACAUUAAGCCUCAUCUAUCUGCAAGCCUCAACUACACUUCCAACUUUUCAUCAAACUUUUUAUUUUUCACCAGGAUAAAAUUACCAACAUAAUUUUCUUACAACGGAAAAUGUUAAUUACAAAGCAUUCAUCUUUUUACAAGCAAAUUUUAUAAGUAGGACCUCGUCUACCCAGAGAUUGUUACUCAAAUGCUGACUUUGCUGCAUCUAUCAGCUUUUAGAUGGCUAAAUAUACGAAUAAACGUUUUGAAAGAAAUUCACCCAAAUCCGGUUUGUGUGACUGAAAAAGAAAUUUGUCAAAACCAAGCCAAAAAGUAUUUGAAAAUUAGAUGCAAUUCUUAAUACAACAAACUUUAUAUAAAACAAAACAAACAAAC